AUGAUUCUUAGGGUAUUGCUCGCAGCUGCGUUCGUUCUGGCUGUGUCAUCGAACGCUCUCCAUGAUUUGCUCUUGGAGAAAAUACAGCACUUCAGCGCUGCCAAAGACCUCAAAUUUCAACUCAACUUUGUCUCGGAGGAGUCGCGGAAGCUCCUUGAGAGGCACACAGCCGCUCAGGACAUCACGGACAGCGUAAAUCUUUUGCGGCGACUUCGCAACGCUAACCAGCAGAGCACCAGUAUCUAUGAACUGCUUAGGAACCUUGAGAUAUUGGACAACCUUGCCGAAAGCCAUCCAAUUGUUGCCAUCCUCUGUCGGAGGGCUUAUCUCGCUUCUAUCAUCCUGCGAUGGAUGGCGUUGGGACAGAAACCAUUAGAAGAUGAGCUGCAGCAGGAGCUGGCUACAACCGCAUCCGAGUUUUACCGCAUACAUGUCCGGUCCGUGAUUCGGAGGGGGCUGCUGGAGUACCUGCAUAUCAGCAAGAGUGGCGGCACGAGCUUCAGUGCUGCUGCCAGUGGUCGUACUACAGCACUGACGGGCGGCCGGACGAGGGCCAAGGCUGUAGCAGGCGGGUUGCUCAUAUAG